AAAACCAAAAAAAAAGACAAGCAAAACCGAAACCAUGCCGUUCUUCGUGAAUCCUUUGAAGAAUAACGACCUCUCGUCCUUCCCUGGCGUUGUGGUGCCUCUGGCGCAAGCCCAACACAAAAACCCCGCCUCCCCCACCAACUCUGGAGACGGAAAAUCGGACAAUGUAGCAGAAAAGGGCUCUUCGUCUUCCCUGAGCGACCAGCAGUACUCUGGCUUGACUUUGGAUGCCAUCAGAGCUGAGGUAGAGAGCGAUGUGGCAACAUCGGGCAGUGAUACCGCAUAUGAUCGUAUGUUUUGCUGAUAUAUUACAUGUUUUUCUGUGCUUUCUUUUUCUCUCUCCAUGUCACUCUCAAAGCAAACUUCCUCGAUUUGGAAGAGAGGAGGCCGGCCUACUUUUAUCACUCAAACUUUACCAUAGGCCCGUCCAUUUGUCGCUCCCCUUGUCCGGUUUUGGUUCAUAACAGGGGGCCCCCUCCUCCCCUGACGCGACCAGGAUAGCUCGCUUUAUCUGUUUUUAUGUUUGUUGAAGAUGAUGGAUCUAAUUCUUUUUUUUUUUUUUCAAUCGCUGCUUAUAGGUAAAUCAAAAGUGAUUAACUUGGCUGUCCAGGAUAUUGGAAUGGGAAAAUAUCAAUGGCAGUUGUUUGUUCUCUGUGGUUUUGGCUGGUUGGCAGACAACCUCUGGUUACAGGGCGUUGCUUUGACAUUACCAAGUCUUUCCGUGGAAUUCGGGAUUGACGAGUCCUAUGUCCGCUUCACAACCUGCUCGCUGUUCGUUGGCUUGUGUGUUGGAGCUGUGGUCUGGGGUACCGCGUCGGACAUGAUCGGUCGUCGUCUCGCGUUUAACCUGACCUUGCUCAUCACUGGUGUUUUCGGCCUUGCGUCGGGUGGUAGCCCGACAUGGGUUGGUGUCUGUUCGAUGUUCGCAUGUCUAGGGCUGGGAGUUGGUGGCAAUCUGCCCGUUGAUGGCGCAUUGUUCCUGGAAUUCCUGCCCUUUGCUUCGGGCAAUCUCCUAACAAUGUUGAGUAUUUGGUGGCCCCUUGGUACCCUUGUCGGAAGUAUGAUUGCCUGGGGCCUCAUCCCAAAUUUCUCGUGCGACCCAGCAGAUCUACUUUGCACAAAGGAAAACAACAUGGGCUGGCGUUAUCUCGUCAUCACCCUGGGCGCCCUGACCUUCGUCAUGUUCCUCUGCCGCUUCUUCCUCUUCCAUCUCUACGAGUCGCCCAAGUUCCUUCUUUCCCGUGGCCGCCAGGAAGAAGCUGUGGCCACCGUCCAUGCCAUCGCGUAUAAGAAUGGAGCCAAGACUUGGCUGACCAAUGAAAUCCUGAACGAGAUUGGCGGCCACCCUGAGCAAAUUUCUCCUGAUCAGCAGAAAUUGUCGAAUUCGGAGAUUGUUAGGAGGCAGCUGUCUAAGUUUUCUGCGCAGCGGAUUGCGCCGCUUUUUGCGACUAAGAGGAUGGGGUUUACGACUGUUCUCCUUUGGUUCUGCUGGGGCACCAUUGGCAUGGGAUAUCCCCUUUUCAACGCCUUCUUACCCCAAUACCUCGGGAAUAGCGGAGAAACACCCGUUUCAAUUGUCUACCGCAACUAUGCCAUAACCGCCAUCGUUGGCGUCCCCGGCUCCAUCCUCGCCUGCUACACCGUCGACAUCCCCUACGUCGGGCGCAAGGGCACCAUGGCCAUCUCCACCGCCCUUACCGCCGUCACCCUCUUCUGCUUCACCAUCUCCGACGACCCAGACGUCCAGCUCGCCUGCUCGUGUCUGGAAGCCUUCUUCCAGAACAUCAUGUACGGCGUGCUCUACGCGUAUACGCCGGAAGUGUUCCCCGCGCCCAACCGCGGCACGGGCACGGGCAUCGCCAGCUGCAUCAACCGCAUCUGCGGCCUGCUGGCGCCCAUUGUGGCUAUUUAUGGCAGCUCGGGCAACCCCAAGGCGCCGGUUUAUGCGUCUGGGGGCUUGAUGCUUGCGGCGUUUGUGGCGAUGGUUUUGUUGCCGAUUGAGACGAGGGGGAGGGCGAGUUUGUAAAGGGUGGUCGCUGGUGUGAGUGUUGCCAAAAAGUUGAAAUGAAAAAUGAAAAAUGAAAAAUUGGUGCGUUUUUGUAUGUGAUCAGAUGCAGCGAUGGUGUUGGUUGUUUCCACUGAAACUGUGCUGGUAGUGGAUGGGGGAGGGAUGAAGAUUUAGAUCUUAUCUAUCUUUUCUCCUCAUUUCCCCCUUUUGUUCAUGUUUAUGGUUUAUGUUUUCAUUGUUAUAACUACAUGAUAUAUCAAACUUUCCUCGCUUUAUACAUCCAUACAUAUAUAUAUAUACUCAAGCUACGGUUAACGGAUAUGAUGAUUUUGGGGGUGGCGGGGGGGGUGGAUAUUUCGAAGUUUUCGUCGGGAUGGAUGGAUUACAUUGAUGUGAGUGAUGAGCGCAAAUAUUUGUGGUGAUUGGUGGAUGGAUGGAAAACAUUGUUUUUUAGCUUAUAUUUAUACGUGCAUUACUUUUGCUAACUAUGGUCAAGAUCUUUCCAUUCACAACUAUCUUCGCGCGUGUGAUAUGUGCAUUUUCUACCUUAUGCAGAAAGAAUAGAUAUCCGAAGAAAGCUUACUGUAGACAUUAGAGAUGCAUCUUCCCUUCUACUAAAAAAAGGCCAAUGCGGGUGAUGUCUCAAAAAUCUCGACGUAACCAACCAUAGAUGUCUUCGACUACCAG